AUGACUACCUACUACCCCCCGUCUACUACCCCCUUGCGGAGCCUAUACAAAUGCAUGAUCCGGAACCUCCAGUUUGGCACGCGGAAUGGCGGUGGCUACCUCCUACUGAGGUCCCUCUCGGAAGUAGGGCUCACCUCCACGAUGGCUAUCAACAUGGAAGAUGAAGUUGGUGACUUUAUCCUCGUUCGGCUGUGUCACCAUAACGAGCGCGGCGUGGCAGGGCGUCUCCCGCAAGAAAGUGUCUUCAUAUUGAAAGAGCCGUUUUAUCGGCAGUUGACUGAUUCAAGGGUCGGGAUCAGUAUCGAUCACAUUUGCGACGCCAUAUAUUUCCCUAUAUAUGACAUGAAGGUGCCAGCUCCGUGGAGGCAGGAGGUUUUAGCCAAUGAAGACUAUGCCAUGGCCUGGAAUAUGAAAGGGGGAUUCCUUGCAGGACAGUUCCAGUACUACCAGGCGAUUGAUUGUUAUACCAAAGCCCUGGAGACCUUCCCGAGCGAGAAUGAGGUAUGCAUGAUAAAAUCGAAUCGAGCCUCUGCCUUUAUCGCAACAAAUCAGUUCGAUGCUGCUCUGUCCGACGCAGCAAUGGCGCUGUCAUUUCCGGCGACGGCGCAGGGUGCUCUCUACUACAUGGCCCAAGCCCUGUACAACCUCCAACGGUAUCGAGGAUGUCUGAAUUACUGUAUGCAAAUUCCUGAAGAAUACCCGGGUCUUGUAACGAUGAAAAGUAAGCUCGCGGACCGAAUCAUGGAGCAGGAGAGCGGUAGUUACCGGUUCACACAGCUGUACACGGAGGCAUGGUCCUGUAACACGCCGAACCUAGAGUACGCUACAUACAUUGGCAAACUGGAGCCAGGCUUGCCCAAGGCUGGGAGACGACGUGGCCUAUUCACAACGGCAGCAGUCAAAGUUGGCGACUUGUUACUCUGCGAAAAGGCAUUUGCACAUGCCUUUGGCCACACAAUAGUACGACGGAGCAACCAGAAGUACCACUGGAUUGGGGCUAAAUCAGAGCCACUAAAGCAAGAACUACUCACAAUGGUCAUUCAGAAGCUAUAUCGAAACCCAUCUUUAGCAUCAUGUAUUACUCAGCUUUAUUGUCAGAUGCCAAACGAAUCCGGCGGCAUUGUUGAGGUGGAUGGUAGACCGGCUGUUGACACAUUUCUCGUGGCACACAUCAUAGCUUUGAAUGCCGUCUCGGUUUCCGCUCAAUCUCUCCCAGAUCACCUUCACAAGCAGCCAAACCCAGCUCGGAUUGGAGGCCGGGGCUGCUCGUAUGGAAUAUGGCCCAUGGCAUCGUUUAUCAACCACUCCUGUCUUAGCAACUCACAUCGCACUUUCAUCGGCGACAUGAUCAUAAUCCGUGCAACACAGGACCUCGAGCCAGGGACUGAGAUCACCGAGAAUUUCUAUAUUUCAAAUGGUAAUGUUUAUGAGCAGCGCAGAAAAUUUUUACGGAACUUAGGUUUCGAUUGCAACUGUGUCCUAUGUCACGACAAGCAAGGGACGGCAAACCACGUUAUGGGUGAGAGGAAAACCCUGAAAGCGGAAGCCUUACGCCUCUGUAGCCGCUUCAAACUGGCACCGACGGACUUUUCAGCCGCGGCCAAGAUUGAGUCUAGCAUUGCUCAAUUGAGGGAUACGUACCCUCGACCAGCUCUCGAGGAACCCCGUAUAGAGAUCUCGGAGGUCCAACUUGACCUUGCAGGUCUAUAUCUGGGACGAGGGGACGUACCUACAACUAUUUCCUAUACACUAGAAGGUCUGGCGUCGCUUGGCUACGUCAUAGAGAACGGUAGCCUUCCACGACCGCGUGGGAGCCGCGCCCUGGAGAUCAAACGAUGGGGACUUCUACAGGCUCGUCUCAUCAUGACUUGGCUAACGCUCGCGUAUGCCUACACAUGCGUGGGCUGUGAUGGUAACGCAGUGGUAGCAAAAUGCUAUGCCAGGAUUACCUACAGGGCCUUGUAUGGAGAAGAUGACACCUUUGACACUUUCUACCAGAAGUGUGAAAGUAAAGCAGCCGUCAAAGUGACGCCGUCGAAGUGA